GUAGUAACAGUAUCAGUUCGUCUCUCUUUUCACUGGAAACAGCUUGCACAAUUCACACUUCAGUCUCCUAUUUCGAGACAACCAAGUAUGGUCGAACCUCCAAGAGUGGUGGGUCUUAAUGUCGGUGGUCAUAUUUACACAACCACGCUUUACACUGUCACUCAGUAUUCCGACUCAAAACUAGGAAAGCUUUUUAGUUUAGAGAGCCAGGUACCUAGGGAUCAAAAGGGAAACUACUUCUUAGACAGAGACGGUGUGCUGUUUAAACACGUCCUCAACUUCUUGCGCACGAAAAAAUUGAUCCUUCCGGACGACUUUCAGGAUUUUGAACAGUUUGAGAUUGAAGCCGCGUUCUAUGGGAUUAAACCGCUUGAAGAAGAGGUUCAAAAUGCCAAGAAAAACAGGAAGCUCAUUAGCUCCGGCCCAGAGAUUCUACGGCUUUUCUACAGCUCGAAGACGCAGCUGGUGUUGGCUGGUGGGUUGGCGGUUAUUCAGAGGCUCGUGCCCAACGUACGAAUGUUGGGUGGAAAUGUCCUGAGCGGCUCUGCCUACAACUUCAAAACGAAUGACAAGAUCGUGGAGGGAGGACAAGCUAAAGUUCCGAUUAAAUUGGAACAGUUAGAUGCUUUUCUACAACAUGUUGUCGACGAGGGUUUUGAGGUCAAGAUGUCAACUUUCUUUUUAGAUGGUCACGCAAGUCAAGCCUGGGUAUUCGUUCGUAAGUAAUGCUGCAAAGAACGACUCAUGCCAUGAACCUGUUUUAACAAAAGAACUCAUAUUGAAUGGUAGAAUCAUGAAAUCUCUUAGCUUUUCUGAGGAAGACACAUCUCGUCUUUUACUGCGUCUAACUAUUAACAUGAAUAUUGUCAAAUCAAUAUACUGUGUAGCAAUAGAAGUGCCAUUAGCGCUAUCUGGGAGCGGUUAUUAUUGUGCCUAAACAGAUAUUGCAGGUGAAUGGGAAAGAAAUGAAAUACCUUAUAUUGAAAUAUAACACGUGGAAUUGUAAUUGUACUUUUACGUUAAAAUGGCUCGAAAGUAAACAUUGACAAAUAUGAAAUUCAGG